AUGAUUCUAAGCGGAGUUGGAAGUCAAAAUGCACCAACAGUCAAAACGUUUUAUGUUUUCAUCUAUUCGGAUUCAUUUAUGCAUAAACCAACGCUUGUUUGGCAAUUUUAUAUUCAUGCUGUUAAACGAAUGGAUUUACAAUGUAUUCAGAGUCAAACAACAAGGGCAACACUAGUGUUAAGUUGUACAUCAAAUGGUUUACACGAAUUACAUUUACUUGUGCGUCCAUCAAAGCCCGGAUUUUGUUCGUAUUGUGUAAAUGCUGUUGAUAUUGAAUUACAUCAAAUUAUUGAUACAUGGUUAAUUCGAGUUCAGUCUCGUUUACCAAAUAUAUCAAAAAGAUAUGAACAAACAGUUCAAAUUGGUCAAAGUCAACCGAUGAGUAAACGUAUAUCCUAUACUAAUCCAUACUCAUUGCGUAAAACAUUUUGUUUUAAUACGAGUCAUCCCGAUUUAUUACAACUACAUCAUGCAAAAUUGGAUUUUCAACCAAAUGAAAAACGUUUUCUUAGUUUUACAUUAUUACCAUUAUUUCAAAUUACGAUUAUGGAUAUUUUCAUUUUGAUCAAUAAUGAAGAUGAUACAAAUGAGGAUGCCUACUGUAUUAGAGUCAAUUAUACAGAUGCUUUAUAGCCUUUUUAUAUUUGUAUAGAUCUUUCACUAAACAGAUAAACUAUGAAUUUUUCCUUUUUUUUGUAUAUGUGUCUUCAUAUUGAUUAAAAUAGAGGGUAUACUAUAGAAUGAAAGAAUUUAUUUCACUUUUGUUUAAAAAAUCAUGAUUCUCAUUCGAUUUAUAAAUCACAAUGAAAUUUAUUUAAUUUGAUACAACAAAACUAUAAAUUCCAUGAAUAUUAACAAAAGAACUAUCCGGUGGCCCAGAAUAAAUUGGUCCUCCUCAUAUUUUGCGUAUAAUCUUUUCCCUUUCCAAUCCUUAGGUCUGAUUGUUUUUCCAAAAGAUGUACCGUCAAAUUCUCUACAAAAUAAAAUUGAAUCGUUGUUUUUUUCAGUGAAAAUUUCCAAUUUAAAAACGAUUGUUCUUUCACUAUGCUAUCGGCCUGACUGGGUCAACAUUGAAGAUACGACAGGUCACUUAGAGAGUAGCUUGUUGGACAUACGUACAAACUCUCAGUAUAAGCACACAGACAUAGUUAUGGGGGACUUCAAUGGUGUAAUACCAAGCCAUCAACGGCAGAGGGGAAGUAUCUCUACGAUUUCACUGCUGAUGUUCAGCUAUAUCAGCUAGUUGAUAAACCAACUAGAUUGAAAUCCCUGACAUGUCUAGAUCUUGUUUUUGUUGAUCAUGUUCAUAGUAUAGAUAAAAUAGAAAUUUUGCCACCUCUUUCUAAGAAAUGUGAUCAUAAUAUUGUUCAAAUUAAGUUUUGUUUUUCAAAGAGCCCUAUCACUGAAUUUUCGCGAUGUAUUUAUGAUUAUCGAGCUACGGAUUGGGAUAUUUUGAACUUUCUGCUGUUAACUGGUUUUCCCUUAUGGGUGGCAUGUGUCUGGAUGACCGUGUGCUGAUUGUUGAGAAAAUGAUUAUGCAAGUGGCUAAUACAGUCAUCCCGCAUAAAAAUAUAACUGUUAAAUCAAACGAUACGCCGUGGUUUAAUGAUAUAGAAGCCA